AUGGCGGCAUCACUAUUCACCUUCUCCUCCACCUCAAGAAGAGUUGUUCCAGCUCCAAACUCACCUCCUCUUCCCAUAUACAUCAAAGCCACCAACGUAGUUUUCAACCCUGAUAUUCCAGAAGUUCAUCAUGGUCUUGGACUUGAUGAUUUUGUUAAUUUCUUAGCUUCCUGCCGACUCCGAUACGCAAUCAGUGACGUUCCAUCAGAGUUCUUUCCCGAACAAGUUUGUGAAUUCUACUACACUGCAACAAUUAAUGAUGAAAACAACGCCAUCUCCGGGACUAUUGGCCAUGGAAGACACUCAGUCUUCAUUACCGCUGACCUCCUCAGUGCUGCGCUCAGGUUACCAAUUUUUGAACCAUUCUCAGAGCUUCCAUCUAUUGAACGCUGUAGACGUAUCUUUGAUCAACUGGGAUACGAUCACUCUAAGGCUGGUACUCGAUCAGCUCUCAUUCUGCAUCACUGCAUGACUCUAGGAUGGAAGUUCUUCACCGGUGCUCUGUGUAAGUGUGUGGGUCACAAAUCUCGCAGUGGUGAUCAACUAAGCAUGUAUGAACAACAAGUCGUCUGUUCCCUUCUUCUCAACAAACGCCUUGAUUAUGGGGCUUUCUUCUUUGAUCAGCUUGUCCAACUUCUUCGUGCAAAUGUAUGCGCUGAUCAUGUCCCCUUUCCACGCUGGAUUGCUCUUGUGCUACAUAAAUUUUUCGCUGAAGCUUACUAUUCACAUUCUGGGAACCCCAUCCAAUGCCCUCACAUGUCAGUGCGAAUGUAUCAGGAUGAUCCAUUGGACACCGAUAUCAGCAUCUCUGAUCGGAUGAGAGAAUGGAUCGCAAAUCCAUAUAUUGUUCCUUCACUCACCGCUGGUACUGAUGAAGGAGUUGAUGAUAACAACGAAGAUCAUGCCGAUCAAGAAGCUGAAUCACAGAAUGGUGGCCAUCUCUCCCUCAACUCUCUCAUCAUACUCUCUCUGACACUGAGAGAGGUCACUCAGCUCAAGGGGAGCCAUUAUUUCAGGGGGAGCAACCAUUCCAGAGGAGCCACCAUCUUAGGGGGAGCAACCAUCCCAAGGGGAGAACCAUUCUCUGGGGAGCAACCUCGCUCACCAGAAGUUCCAGGUACUUCAUUUCUUUGCAUACCGGCCUCAACAUUUAAUGAGCUUCUGACACUAACUCGGGACAUGAGUCAACGUCUUCUACGAAUUGAGGCUGAUGUCUAG